AUGUCAAUCUUGGUGCGCUUUGAGAUGCGUACAGGAUCGUUGACUUCUAAGACUCGUAUGCCUUUCAAUCGUUGUUCACAGGCCCUCCUUCCGGGAGCCAUGCACAGAUCAGCCGGUUCAAUAGCAUGGUUAGGCCCACUGGUGCCUACUCAGGUCUCGCAUCGACGGGGAAUAUUAAGAUAUGAGUCCCAAAAGAGUGGACUAGAAAAACGAGGAGUGAAAGCCCUCAAAACGAAAAGAUCAAUGGCGCCAUUUUCAGCUCAACUUGAAACCCCCAAACAACAGAGCAUGGCAGAAAUACCGGUGACUUGGAGAGGUGAAGGGAUGCAAACCGAUUCGUUGGUUAGCCAGGUGAAAUUUAACGACGCUGGUCUUGUGCCAGCGAUUGCGCAACAAUGGGACACCGGCGAAGUGCUACUAAUGGCGUGGAUGAGCGCGGAAUCCAUUCGGGAAACGAUGCGUGGCGGGCGUGCUGUUUACUAUUCAAGGUCGCGAAAGGAGCUCUGGCGGAAGGGAGACACUUCGGGACAAAUUCAGGUCCUUCGCGACAUCCUUUUGGACUGCGAUGGAGACACUGUGCUUCUCAAAGUUGAUCAGCUUGGGGUAGCAUGUCACACUGGAAGACGCUCCUGCUUCUAUACGGCAUUUCGACCGCCUUCAGGGGAAACCACGAUCAUCGCCGACGUUAUCAUGGAUCCAAAAGAGCUUUACAAAAAGGAUAAUUAGAUUGCCCGGUCUGUACUUUUGUCUUUGCUCUUGCAUUCAUUUGGGUCUAACUCCGGUCGAAGGUUUAAAUUGUUCAUAUUCCAACAAGUGGUCGAUGCAGUGUGCGAAUGAGCUCUCGCAAUCAUUUCUUGAAUUUUUGCUCAGAGAAAAGAACAUGCCUAUUUACGACGGGAUCGUGCUUCAUCAAUUCAAGCUUGAAAGGCAUCGUUUUCGGGUUCUUCCUCUUGACAUAGUAGUAGCCGGUGCCCGCAUUUGACAUCAGUCGAAUGAGAAUAGUCUUUGCUUUUCCUUUAGCCAUUCUCCGUGUCGCAGUUCACAAGCACUUGUCGCGAUUCAGGCACGGCAAAGAGAGGAACGAGUUACCGUACGCUUUUGAUGGUGCAUUAACUCUAAGAGCGCUGAUGAACACAGCGUGGGAAGGAUCAAGCCCCUGGUUGGAUAAAUAGGCCGGCACGAGAGUACGAAUAAACGGCAACGGUACAGUAGUGGACGGUGGCUGACGCAGAUUUCGGUAACACUAAAAUUAGUAGUUUUUU